AUGCUUUCUACUAGUAUUAGUAAUUAGGAUUACUUGAAAGUAACUUUGCCUUUUCCUCUUCAUAAUUUCUUGACACCUAGCGGAUUAGCCCCUUCUAAUCUUAACAUACCAACUGACUUGAUUGUCUAGUAUUAAUCUGUAGAUACUAAUACGAAUUUGCCUGUUGGAAAUAUUUAUGAUGUUCUUGCUUUUACACAGUCUGUAGAAUCAUAUAUUUACUAUUUGUAAUUUUUAGAUACCAAUAAGAACACUAUAAAUAUACCAAAUAAUCAAUGGUUCAAUAUCAUAUUCACAGUUUAAAAUUUAAAUGCUACAACUUAUCAAAAGGGCUCAUAGGUUUUACAAAUAUCUAUGCAAACAGUUUCCUCAACUAAUGACUAAAUUGCUAUUAUCUAUGAUGAAAAUCUUAUAUUCGGCACAUUCUAUUUAAAUGAUAGAGUAAAUUCAACCUUGGGAAUAUCAGCAAUUUUUAUAGACUAAGUUAAUAAGUAUAAAUUGAACUAAUUAUAAGGAAUAUAUGUAGAUAUUGAUUUAACUAGUUUGAAUUCGAAUGAUAUUGACGACAAGUUUAGGAUAGAUAUUGUUACAGAUAAUCCUAAUUUUUUAUUUGUAGAUUAAUGCUUUUCAGCUUUGAGAUAUGAAUUACCAACAAUUCCACAAAUAACAUAAUAAAACUAUACAUGUAAUAUAGACUAAAGUAGAAAUAUAAUUAAUGUUCUUAUUAAUAAGGUUGUUUUCAUUUAGCAGAAAUUAAUUAGGAUACAAGUAUUUGUUUAAAAUCCUCCAAUAGUUGAGCUAAGUGGCUCUCUUGAGGUAAGAUUGCUGAGAUUUUAUUCUCCACAAAUUGUUGCAUCAGGAUAUUCAUACAAUUUAUUUUAAACUACUUAAGUAGUAUUAGUAAAUCAUAAUAUCCUUCUUGGAUGGGGUUUAUAAUCAGAGUCAACUUUACCUAUGAGCCUUAAAAUAAUUAGAGGAAACUCAGAUAGUAGUUAUCAACCUCUAAAUUCUAUAAGAGUAACUUUUUAGGUGGAUCAAAAAACAUCAGAUACUAAUGAGAUAAGAGUUAAUGUGAAUCUAAAGCAAAUCUAAGUCGCUUCAUAUAUCUUAAAAGGAUCUAUUAUGACUAAUUUACCUUCAUUUCCUUAGAAAGAGGUGGUAUGUAUUGAGACAGGAAAAACUAAUAUAAUAAAUCGAUAAAUCUCUUGUUAAGGUGUUGGUUAGUUAAUACCAAGUACAACAUAUUUCAUAAGCUUUAAAAUGUUCCUUGCAUAUGAUAUUUAUUAAGAUGAUCUUUAAACAUCAAACUUCGGAUCAAUUACCAUAGAUAGUAUUAUUUAAUGUUAAACCAGAAAUAGAAUUUUCAUUCUUUCUAGAUCUAUUGAAUUUAUUAAAUACAUGAUAUCCUCUAGCCAAGCUAAUCCUUUAACAAGUAACAAAGUAAAUAUGAUCAAUUCUGACACAUAACUGAAUUUUUUGUAGAACUUGAAGAAUUUUCCUAAUGUAAAACUCCUUUUUCGUGCUUCUGAUUUUGAAGGAUAUACAGAUGAUGUAGUAAUACACAACCGCUCUUAUUUAUUUGAUCCAUUUUUAAAAUUAAACUCUUAUGAUGAUUUUAUAAUGCCAGUUAAUGUUCAAAACUUUGUUACAUUUGCUCAAUAAAAAAUUAACGACAUGUAAAUAAUAGAAAUACUAAUGACUAGAGACACUGAUAACUAUCCUUGUCGUCUUCACUAUAACUAGCUUGUUACUUUAAGUAUUCCAAAAAAUCAAAAUUCAUUUUAAACUAUAAAUGGAAAAAAUCUCUAAAGAAGUGUUUCUUCUUUUCCUGUGUUAGUAUCAAGUUUAGAAAAUAAUAGAUUACCUACAUCACAAAUUCCAUUCUAACCUUAAAACUCCGGAUUAAGAACUUCUACAUCCGAAUAAUUUCUACUAUUUAAUACUUAAUUUAAUUUUGCAAACGACAUUACAAAUUAAAUUACUUAUAAUGAUGUUGUCUUAGAUAACUUGAUCUAAAAAGGAGUUGGUUUUAUAAUACUAACUAAUCCUAAUAUCAGACCAUAUCCCUAUUCUUAUAUAAAUAAUUUCAUAUCAAUCAAUCCUGUUACUAAUUCUGUUUAUGCAGAACAAAAAAACAUUAAUUUAAUUUAUAAUAGGUAGUCUGCUUCAACAAGUUUAAAUAAGUAUACUUCAAUAAAAGCAAUCUUUAAUUCUGGUGCAUGUCUUUAACAUUUCAUAUCGAAUCCUGCUUCUUAGACUGAAUAGCAAUGGCUCCUCUCCCCAUUUUUAAUCAGCUAAUUUAGUUCAAAUAUGGUAGAUGAAAAUGUUUAUGACUUUUAUUUUUAAGUUAUUGAUUAUAUCAAUGGACCAAUACCUAAUUAAGUAAUAAGGACAACAUCUCUUUUCAAUGCUUAUUUUAUUACAAAUAAUGCAUUUAUUGAUCCUCCAGGAAGUACCAGCUAAACCUUAAACCUUUACCUUACGAAUAUGUUUUAGUAGAUAAAUGGUGGCAAUAAUGGUUAUUUAGUGCCAACAGUAAUUAAAAUAGAGGGAAAACUAACUUCUUACUAGAAUAGCUAUAUUAAUAGAUUAUCAGUAUUUUUUAAUAAUUUGAAACCAUUCUAUAAAAAUAGCUAUUCCAACGAUAUUUACUGUGGAGGUAGCAGUAAUGAAAUUUAACUGAGUUGCAAAGCAUAUUUGACUUAAAAUUAUGAUAUAAAUAAUUAUUUAACUUUAAGUAGAAUUGAAAUUUAAGCUACAAAUCUACAACAAAAUUUUUAUCUAAUAGUACCAGUAUCUUAAAGCUUUGUGGGAUCUCCAUAUUAAAUUUCUUUGUAUCUUGCUGGUAUGAAACUUGCUCCAUUUGCAGUGGGCUCGUCUUUAGCUUGUUUCACAAGUGAAGUGAAUUACAUUUAAAAAAUACUAACUACAUAACCACCUUAUACUAUGAAGUUUUUGACUUAUACUUCUGCUUUUAAUUGGUCAUUUAAAUCCUCUGCUUUUAUUGGAAAAACUUAAGAAGAUUUCAGUUUUUAAGCUUUAUACACUGAUUCUGGAAUUACAAAUUUUUCACCAAAAAGCUCAGCUGCUUUAGUUUUUACAACUGAUUUUCCUUUUUAUGAUACUUAAAUAUCUUAAGUUGUUACAACAACACCUAACACUUGCUUUUACUUCCGAUACAGCUUUGAUUAUUAUUAUGCUUCUAAUUACAAUCUAACUUCUAAAUAUGGAAUUUAUUGCAGAAAUAUACCAACAACAACGAAUGUUGAUCUUUAGUUUAAAAUAAUAAAAAGUAAUGUACCUUAUAAUCACGGACAGGAGAUUCUAGGAUAUGCUUCCUGGUCUAAAGAAGAUGGUUUACUUACAAUAGUAGAAUAAUGUAUAGUAACCAGAGUUCCUCUAGCUAAAAUAGGCCCACUAUAGCUACUAUCCCCUGUAGUUACAGGAAAUAAUUUAUAAUAAAUAGUAAUUUACCAAUUUACCACUCCUGUUGAUCUCUAUUUUUUAAAAUAUGGGUUAUUUGUUGAAAUAAAAGCAGCUAUUCCUAUCAAUACUAUUCCAUACUAAUUUGUUGGGAAUCCUUAAUGUUAGAUUCAAGUGUAAACUAGUUAGAGUAUAUAUGAUAUAGAUAGUUUACAAAGAGGAUCUGUUUGUACUUUUUACAGUAUCUUAGUCUCAGACUCAUCUCAUAUUUUUUAAAUUACAAAUAUUUAAGGUUAUUUUCCAGCCUAAACCUAAUUAAUGUUUUCUAUUUACUAUCAACCUCGUGUCUCAGUUAGUUCCACUUCAGCUCAAAUACAAUUACUACUUAGCGCAGGAGCCUAAAAAGAAUAUAUUGCUACCUCUACUCUUGUAACAGCUUCAUACUAAUCUAGCUUAGUAGCAAACGUAUAAAUAAAUUCUCUAACUCCACUAAAUUCAAACUCAUUUAUGAGAUCUACCAUUUUAUUGAAGUUUAGCUUUGUCAAUCGAUAUUGGUGGGUUUAGGAAAGUUUCUCUAUAAAUAUGGAUAAAUUUGCUACAGCAGACAAUAAUUUAAGUAAUUAAAUGAAAUGCAAAAUCUUAGAAUCAGACAUGUCUGUUUCUAACAGAUUUUAGACUGUUGAUGUAAGGGAUUUAACAAAUCUUUAGAUAAUCCCUAAGGUUUUGAUUAUGACUAAUCCUACAAUUAUGAAUUUUUACUUACAGUGUUUAUCUAUUAUCAUACCUUCGUCACCUAAUACUUUUUCUUACAAAGUUGGUUCUAUAUCUCUACCAACUACAUUCUCAGCUCCAUCUUUUAAUUCUCAACCUCCUAUUGGUUAAGUUGAUCCAUAAAUAAAUAAAAUGUAUUUAAGUAUUGGAAGUGAUUUAGAAAUCUAAUUUACUCUAACUAGCAGUGUAGUGACUUUGUAUGGCUCAUAAGCAAGAGUUAUUAUAUCAUUUCCUGUUUACUAUCCUCCUAGAUUAAGCAAAGAAAACAUAAUUUCUUGCUAUUUACUUAAACCUGUGUAUUAAAGUAUAACUUGUUAUAUUACUUAGCUCUGGAUGCUUGAAAUUAGAUAUUUUAUGACUCAAAUACCUCCAAAUACAGAAUUUGUUAUUUUAAUUGCAGGAGUAACUUAACCUUUAAGCUAUAACUAAGGUACUUUUUACAUUUACUUAGACUCAGAUGAAAACGACAGUAGUUAUGAUGAAUAUUUUACGAUUUUAGAUAAUUUGUUAGAUUCAUCGAUAACAUCUUUAUUUAAUACAGCCAUUGAGGUUUAUAAAUUAACAAUAACAAGCAACUAUUUAAGAUAAAAUGCUGUUUACUAUUAAUUUGACAUAUUUAUAGAUUCAUCUGCCCCUAAUAUCUAGUUCGGACAAGCUGUUAUGGUAAGUUUCCCUAAUAUAUAUGACUAACCUUUAAGAGUGAACUAAGAAUUAUCUUGUAGCAUCUAUAAUUACAAUUAGACUAAUAUUGAUUAUUGUAGUUAAUGUAUAAUAUCUGGAUUGAGGGUUAAGAUGUAUGUGAGUUAAACAAUGGUAUUAGGAUAAUUAUAUUCAAUAAUAAUUUAUACGUUAAGAAACCCUGGAAGAUUUGAUGCUUCUGUUUAGAAGUGGGUCAUUGAAGUAUCAGAUGCAAGCGAAUAAUAUAUAAUAAUGAGAAGUUUUGAUACUACUGCAAAUUAUAUGAUUGAUGAAUUUAUUUAGAAUCCUUAUCAAAGUUAUAUAAAUUUUUAUGAUUCUCCAUCGACUUCACCUAACUCUAAAAUUGUUACAUAGCUAACACUAAUUAAAGGUGUAUUUUCUAACUGGUUAUACAUACGUCCUCAAAAUUUUAACUCUAUGUAUCUAUGGCAAUAAUCAUUUAUUCUUUCAAGCAAUUAAGAUUAAAUAUCAACAAUGAAGGUGGAGACUAGUGCUGUUGUGGGAGCACCGGGAGAAAUAAUGGUUAGGAUAUAUUCCUAAAAUGCAAUUGGUUAAUAUGACUUCUAAAUAUCUAAAUAUGGUGAUAGCAAUUUCUAUUCUGAUUUAAAUAUAAUUAGAUUAUAUUUUAGUGAUUUAAAUGUUCUACCUCUUUCACUUUCCUAAAGUAUCUAUCAAAUCUAUACAUCAACUACAAGCUUUAACUUAUACCUAUAAUUGAAUGGUUAAAUAUAUUCUUCUAAUCUUAACCUUUAAUUCACAGUUCCUCCUACAGGUAAUCUUGGACUAAAGCUAGGAAAUAACUUAAACUAAUUUACAGUUAACUUUAAUAAUGGAAUCAUGAUAGGUUAUUUACCAAUUGUUUUAUUAGAUUAAACUCAAUUUAUUCCCUCGUCUUCUGUUACCUUGUAAGUAUCAUUUAAUGGAGAUAACGCUAAAAGCUAUUAAUGGAAUACUAAUACUAUUUAGUUAUAAGCAAUACCAAAUCCAUCAGCCACACUUAUUUUGUAGUUAAUUCCUUAAACGUCUCCAUCAUACAUAAAUAACAAAGAAUUUAAAUUCUCUUGCUCUUAAAAAGGGUAUUUCUACUAUUACGUAGCUCUGUAUUAUCACGAAAAAGAAGAAAUGUGUUAGUAUAACUAGAAUACUAUAUCUUAAUAUGCAUGGGCACAAAAUACUAUUACAACUGAUAAUUCUCUGUAUCCUUGUAAUAGUGUUUUUGGGGUGAUUUAUAUAGACUCUACUACAUUAUAGACUCUUUAAGUUGAAAAUCUUUUAGCUAAUAGAUAUUAUAGGAUAGGUGCAUACUGUUAAUCAUAACUAAGCACAACAACAGUAAUUACUAAACUUACAUUUGAAUAAAAUACUAAUAACGGAAGUCUAUAUAAAAUACAAGUAGAUUUUGCCUAAAAUCCAAAUAUCAAUGAUAUUGUUAAAUUUUUAUGUUACCUAUCAAUUCAUUUUACCCAUCACCCUAAAUAUGUGAGUACAAUUGAUGGCAUAACUUGCCAAGAAUUAUCUCAAAGAAGACUUUUGACAUAGCAAAAAAUACUUUAAUUUUUCACAAAAGGAAUAAGUUACUUGAAAAAUAAGAAAAGACAUCUUUAAAGCUCAAAUUUAAUAUGGAAUCCAUCAUAAUGCACAACUACUUAUUAGUUAAAUAACACCGCUAAAGUAUUUUCUAUGAAUUUUUAUAUUGAUAGCAAUGAAAUCAUACCAAAUGACUCAGCUACCCUAACGAAAAUUUUAACAGAUACAACAAAUGGGUGUUUUGUCUCUUACACUAACUAAGUUCUAUUAGGCAUAACAACAAUAGUAAAUAUAUAUAAAGGACAAAAAGUAGAGUAAUUAGCUCCUACACCUCGUUUUAAUGAUCCUUAAUCCAUUUUUUUAGGAAACACAUGGGCAUACUUAGAUUAAUUCAGUUUAACUUCUACAUAUGGAAGAAUAUGGGGUAUUCUUGUGUUUGCUAAUAGCACAAUUUUUCCUAGCCCCAGAUAAAUUCGAGCAGGGUUAGAUUCUUAGGACAAAAAUGCUUUGGCAAUAAAAAACUAAGAAUUUAAUUUCAACUAUAUUAGAGAGUUUAACGCAACUUUUAUUGGUCUUAACCCUGGAUAAUCAUAUAUUUUUUAUUAUGUUGCAUCUAACGAGAAUCCUUUUGAAUCAAUUCAAUAUAGUUCAGUUAAUAUGAUUAAAUUUACUACAAUAUAAAUACCCCUAUCAUCUUUGAUGAGAUAAUUCAAAUUAUUAUUUUUGCUUUUACCAAUAGUUUUUAUGUGA